AUGAAAAUAAUUACACUCCUCCAUUCAAAAUAUAAAGCCGCUUAUUGGAGUGAGAAUAUUUUACUAAAAUUAUCUAAACCAAAAAACAUUCCUAAAGACACAGAAUUAAUUGUUAGAUGUUGGGAUAAUAGAGUUAAAGGAAGAGAUGGAAUCUUGACUGAAAUAAAAAUAAAUCUAAUUAAACUUGAUCCUCAUGAAAAUAAAGUAAAAUUGAUAUCAAAAGAUCACAAUUACGAAAUUAACUUUGAAGUUUAUUAUAUAUUAAAUGAAAAUCCAAAAGCUUCAUCAAAAAUAUUAAAUGAUCUAAAGCUUAAAAAAAAUGUGGCUGAUUUAAGCGGAAUUCCUGGCCGUGUAGAGAUAAAGUUUGACGAUGAAAUCCAUUCAACCAAAGAUCAUUAUAAAACAGUAAAACCAACUAAAUGGAAAUAUCCAAUUUCAUUUCUAAUAAAACAUAGCUCUAAUAUUUUAACAAUAACACAACGUCUAUCGUUGUUAAGUCAUACACAUCCGCAUAUUAGUUUAAAGCUCAAUUCAUACUCUAGCACUCUCGAGAAAAAAUUUUGUGAUGAUUUGUCACAAACAGGUUUCACAAAAAGUAAUAUUUCUAAAUCAAUAUCUUCAAGAAAAUCAGCAGCUUCUUCUUUUUCCUCAUCCUCUAAUGAUAAUAGUCUCACUAGCAAUUCAUCAAAAAUACAGCUAUUGUCAUCAUUUGAUAAUAGAUCAACAUCAAAACAAUCAUCAACACGAAUUCAACAAAAGAUUUCAAAUAUACAUAAUAUUUUUUCAUUUAACACAACAUCAUUACUGCCUAACAAUAACAAUAAUAAUGAUCAAAGGAUAAUUUCAGAUAAUUAUGUUAUACGAAAUGUAUUACUAAAUAAUUACAAUAACAACAACAAUAAUGACGAAGAAUAUAAGAUUUAUACCGGCAAAAAUAUUAGAAAUGAUGAUAUUGUCAUAAUUAAAGUAUUUUCAAAUAGACUUCUUUGGGAAAAUGAAAUUGGAAUAAUUAAAAAAUUAAACAGUUCUUUUACAUAUAUUCUAAAAUUUCAAGACACAUUAAUAAUCAAUAAUAAUAAUAGGAGUAGUAUUAAUAAUGAAUAUAUUAUUAUCACGGAACACUUUGGCAAAAGUUUAGAUCUUAGCAUUGACAAAUUUAACACUUUAAAAUUUACCAGAGAAUUAUUCUUGAAUAUUUGUAAAGGCGUUCAAUUCUUGCAUAAAAAUGGAAUUGUUGUAGGAUUUAGUGCACCUGAAUUAGUAUUAAAUUUAAAUUCUGAUUCAAUAUCACACUAUGCUAUUGAUAUUUAUUCAUUAGGUUGUCUACUCUAUUAUCUUGUUACAAAAAAGUUAUUUUACACAACAACAACAAAUAAUCUUUUACUUGUUAAGUUGGACAAGAUUAAGGAAAAAAUUUCCAGAGAAAUAAAUGAUGAUAUUAUAAAUGUUCUAAUUAUUAGAAUGCUUAAUUUUAUGUUUAUAAAAUAUACAUUGUAUAUAAAUAAAUUAUGA